AACUGAUAAAGCUAAUGCUCCAGAAGUCGAGAGUCAGAAGAGAGACUCACGAACUGUCGAGCGGAACCUUUCAACGGAUUUCCCACAGAAGGACGCAUGUGAGCUCAACAUCAACGUCCAACAUGAUCAUGAGGGACCACGACCACUAGCUCUAGUACUGAUUGGACCUUCACGACAAUCAUGGCAACUACGGCAUCUUCCUCUCGCUCUCAGCUUGUCUUCGACUCGCAUGUCCACCUGCGUUGGGAUGGACUUUCGUACUCCUGGAUGCGUCAUUUUCAACAUCCUGACCAGCACAAGAAUCCGCCGAAGGGAGCGAUGCCGAUGCGGAUGCCGCCGUCACGAGCAGCGGCCACAGAGGGCACGAAAGGCGCAAGAACAGGCGGCAGCCGUGAUCUCGCGGAAUGGCAGGCGGCCGCACUAUCAACCACGACAUCUUCAUCUUCAGCACCUGGCAGCAAAUUAAUAUACCGGGUUUUCGGCGGAUUGUUUAUCGAAACGGGGGUCGAUGCAGACCAGGGGGUGCGGGAAGCCGCUUGUGCCUUAGCGGAAACGAGCAACCCGCGCGAGGAACUGCUCGCAGAACUUCUCGAUGCGCACAGGACGACGAGCCCUACAAGUAGUAAUCCCGCGUUCUUGCCACCGCGUUUGCUUGGAGUGUGUGCCAGCAUUCCGUGUCAUUGCGGGGCGCAUGCGGUGCAGAGGUUUUUCAAAGAUCUAUUGGUGGAAACUGAAAGGCUAAAUACUACGAAAAAUACUAACAUCGUCGUCUCCGCCCGGUUGCCACUGCAUGUGCCCGGUGCGCCGCACCUGCUGUCGCCGGAUUUUCUCCACGGGCUGCGGGAACUGGGGAGCCGCGGGGUCCUUUGGGAAUUUUGCGUUUACGGAGCGGCCGGCGUGCGAAAAGCCGUCGAGGUGUGUCGGCUGGUGCCCGACACGAAGUUUGUGCUGCAACACUGUGCCUACAUCGGGGACUCCUACGCGAUUUCGUCCUCUUCUUGUUCGUCCGCAUCGGACAUCGACACGCAUCAGAGGGAAGAAAGAACGUACUUUGAAAAUCGUCACAUGGAAGGAACACCAGUAGGAAGCGGCAACAAGAACAAACAAGAUCAAGAUCAUGCAGUCGACGCGUCAAACCCAGAUGAGAAAGAAGACGCAGAUGAGUUUCGUUCCGUUUGGCGUCCGCUGCAGCGUUGUGCGAAUCUUGUUGCAGUGAAAAUUUCCGGGCUGGAAGAGUGGCGGACGCCGGAAGAGAGCCCGCAUCUGCAGUGGAUCGACGCAAUCAUUCGUUUGUUCGGAUACGAUCGCGUCAUGGUGGGCAGCAACUUUUUCUUGUGCGAUCUAGUACCAGAAAACUUGUUCAACCUCCAGCAUCCGCGACCCACCACGCGCUCGAACAACAUCAAAAUCGAAACCAACUACGCGUUUUGCUUCGACCACGUGAGUCUUAGCUUAGCCCGAUUGGAAGCGGAUCCUGAGGCGCGGGACAAGGUCUUCUACAAAAACGCGCUGCGGAUCUAUUUCCAAAAACAAGAUAACAACAAUUAUACAAAGGAACAUAGCGCAUUUAUUUCACAGAGAACUCAAGAGCGGCGCGAUCCAGACGGUGAGCAUCGGAAAAU